AUGGCAGCCUCUGUCAAGAUGCCAGAAGAGCAAUUGAAACCCCCGCUCUCCAAACAAUCCACGCAAGAGCAUAUCCAAGAGUCUCCUGCCAAUGGUAUGGAGGACUCUGAACCCGGUGACGAGCCCAGUCUGGCCGAAAUCAACCGGAUAUACAGAAAACUCGACUGGCGCAUAAUACCGCCGUUCUGGGUGCUUUACUUCCUAUGCGCAUCCAUCAGAUCCACCGUCGGUCUCUCGCAGACCAUGAAUAUUGCAGAGAAGCAUGAUCUCGGGUCCGUUCUGCAGAUGACCCCGCACGAGAUUUCUACGAGUCUGGCGCUGUUCUACGUGUGCUACGUCGUCUUCGACCUUCCCUCCAAUUUGAUCAUGACGAGACUCAGCCCGAGAGUCUGGAUGAGUCGGAUCGUCAUUGGCGUGGGGGUCAUUGGAAGCUGUAUGGCUGCCGCGAAGGCAGCAUGGUCGCUGUAUCUUCUCCGCCUCCUCCUUGGAGUCGUGAUGGCUGGACUAUGGCCUGGCAUGGCGUACUACCUCACGCUUUUCUACCCGCCAUCGCGCACCGGCAAGCGAAUUGGCUUCUACUUCACAGCAGCACAGGUCUCAGCGGCCGUGGUCGGCCUGGUAUCUGCCGGAUUCCAGAAGAUGGACGGUGAAAGGGGUAUUGUUGGUUUCCGAUGGAUGUUUCUCAUCUACGGGAUCUGUGGUACCGCGACGGGAAUUUCACUGCUCUGGUGGCUUCCAGAACGACCCUUGCCGCCCGGUGAAUCACCCAGUCCCCGGUCAAAAGUGUCCAGGUGGCUGCCACAGACGCCGCCCGCAUUGACGGGAAGAGAUGCGGAGGUACACUACCGCGACCUAAAACGUAUUUAUCACCGGACACAGUGGACGCUCUCGGAUCUUGGUCGUGUCCUCAUGGACUGGCGCAUCUGGCCGUUAUUGAUCAUGUACUUCGGCGUCGUCGGCGUAGGAAUAGGCGUACAGAGCUACGGGACGGUGAUCAUUCGUGCCACUAAUCCCAAACUCACAGGCGUCGAGCUCAGUCUCCUCUUCGCCCCUAUCUGGAUCACCGACCUCCUCUCCAUCCUCCUCAUCACCCCUCUCUCCGACCGCUUCCACCACCAUCGCGCCCUCUUCUUCUCCCUCCCCGCCACCCUCCAGAUCCUCGGCCUCCUCCUGACCACCUACGCCGGCAACCCCAGCACCACCCCCUGGCCGCGCUACGCGGGCCUCCUCAUCGUCGGCUUCGGCCUCGGCCCCACCGUCCCCAUCACCAUGACCUGGACAAACGAGGUCUUCCAGCCCCGCCACGGCGAAGUCGGCGUGGCCGCUGCGUCCGCCGUGGUGUCCGGCCUGGGCAACCUGGGCAGCAUUGUGAGCACGUAUGCGCUGUACGCGGGUUGGGAGAGUGAUCGGCUGGCGAGCGGGGCGAGCCAGUAUCGGAAGAGUAACUGGGUUAUGAUUGGGAUGUUGGUGGGGAGUAUUUUGGCGGCGGUGGUGAUGGAGGUGUUGUUGAGGGUUGUGGAUGGGAAGAAGGGAGGUGCUGAGGUUGAUGGGGAUGGAGCGGCGAGGAGGGAGUCGAGGCAGAGGGGACUGGAGGGAGUGUGGUUUUUGAAGUGGAGGAAGAAGUGA